AUGUCCCUUGUUUCUGCAGAGACACUUGCACACAACAACAACAAGGUCGUCACCACCCCUUUCAAGACAGUCCACAAACACAAGCUUCACAGGUUUCCUUUCAGAAAGUCUUUCAAACCGACUGACAACCUGUGCGACAUCGAAGAGGGGGAGAUACUUGGUGAUGGCGAUGAGAUCAGACCAGGCUUGAAAAUGCCUUCUUCUUGCCUUGCUUCUGAGUUUGAACCUGAUGACGAGAAGUUCGAUCUGUUCUUUUCCAAUAUCCCUGAUCACAAUGCAGCCAUUGUAGAUGUCAAGGAUUGGCUCAAAUUGUGGUUUGACGCGACUCUUCUCAAUAUUCGUCACGUUCCCAAUUUCCUCGCUUCUAUCGCUAUGGAUGGCAAAGCACUCCAUGCUAUUCAAGACUUUCGCUGGAUUGAGAACUCUUUGAAGAAUGGCAACCGCAUCCCAAACGGCGACAACAUCGAGUGGCUUCCUCAGGAUAUCGUUGUCAAUUUGGCAAAGUACGUCUUUUACGCCAAGGAAUAUGCCAAUAGGUCUGACUUCGGACGAAAGCCAUAG